UCACACGGUCAAGUUGCGUAUUAAAACAGAUUGUCAGCAGUUUGAACUGAAAGAUGAAAAGUUUAACGAAGAAGCUUCUAAUAUCGAUCUGGAACCUGUUACGAUUCCAUCAAAAGAGAACAGUUUACAGGAUUCAUCCACGCAACAACAACAAGAGGAAGCAGGCAAGCGUGUUAACUCCAUGUCAUCCCCGUGCGACGUUGAACAAGAAGGACGAAAAAUGUCCGAACAGAUCAGAACAGUAGAGGACAAAGGAGUGGAAGAUAUGGACUGUGAUAAAGAACUUCCUGAUCAGUCUCAACAGGAUGGAGAAGAGGUCAUCAAAGUAAAAUGUCCUUGUGGCAACGACGAGGACGAGGGCUUAAUGAUACUAUGUGGAGUUUGUAAUAACUGGCAGCACGCGGUCUGUUUCGGCGUCUUGAAACAAGAGGAAGCUCCAGAAUUUCAUGUGUGCGUGGAUUGCCCGAAGGGUGCAUACAGUGGGAAGUGUACAGAUUCUUCACUGGUUAACCUUAACACCGUAGCUUUACAGGCUACGUGUCUUUGGCGCAAAACGUUACUUGCUUGUAGCGAGUUGAACAGGGUACUACCCAACACUUUGGCUCGUCACCUCAAGUUAGAGAUGAGCAUCGCCCAAGGUCUAGUCAAACGUUUGGAGAAAGAAGGAUUCAUAAGAAGUACUUUAAAAGGAAAGAGGCUUGGAAAAAUUGUUAACAAGAAAAAACUGCAGGCGGAGGGUUUCGGGAAGUAUUUCAAUAAAAGAAGUGGAAAGUUGGGAAUUGAUGUUGACCUUUCAGACAAGGUUGUCCCUGAUGGGAAUAAGUCAGUGGACGGGGUGGAGGCAAUAGUUCAGAGAUGCUCAAAGAUGGAUGUAUCAGGAACGGUAGAAACCAUUAAGAAAAAAAUGUGCAACAAACAGGGAAAACUAAAAAGGGCAGUUUCUCUUAAAGAUGAGACAACGGAAUUUGACAUUUCCAACAGUCAAGAACAAUGUUUUGAAGACCGUCCUCAAUCAAAGAGAAAGAAAGCUAGUGUAGCUAAGAGUGCAAUCUUGGUUUGAUUUCAAAAGAGGAAACAGUGAAUCAGUUUUCGUAUUUUGUUGCCUGAGCUCAGUUGCGAUAAUCAAUUUAAAUCCACCAUGGUAUAUUCCAAUUCUGCUCCUUUCUGCGAAUUAAUGCUAAUGAGAUGUAUUUCACGUUAAACAUCAGAAGAAUAAUAACGACAAAGUUUAAAAUAGCAGAUUUUUUUUCAUGUAGUUUAGAAUUGGAAUCUGAUCUCGCUGUCAGUGUUUAAAUAAAAGUUAUUUGAAAUCUUUAUUUUUAAAACUUACUUUAGUGUGCGAACAAGUAGUGAUUUUGAAAAGCACUUAACAAAAAAAUCGCCAUAAAACAUUUCUUGAAAUCAUUUUAAGA